UUGUUCAUCCGGUAGCGAACCUCGUAGUUCGAGCAACGAUGGCCAGCGCUGCGGCAAAACAGGCACCUAAAGCGGCAAGCAAAGCCUCUACGGGGGGCGCCGGAGCCUCCGGGGCUAGUGGUGGACCCCCGAUAAUGCCCCUCGCCUCUCCGCUAAUGGGGAAAAAGAAGAAGCCGUUCCUGGGGAUGCCGGCCCCGCUCGGCUACGUCCCUGGUCUCGGCAGAGGAGCUACUGGUUUCACCACACGAUCUGAUAUCGGUCCUGCCCGUGAUGCUAACGACCCAGUGGAUGACCGACAUGCCCCUCCAGGAAAGAGGACAGUCGGGGAUCAAAUGAAAAAGAACCAGGACGAUGACGAUGAAGAUCUGAAUGACACCAACUAUGAUGAGUUUAAUGGAUAUGCUGGCAGCUUGUUCUCCAGUGGGCCAUAUGAGAAAGAUGAUGAAGAAGCAGAUGCAAUAUAUGCAGCACUGGACAAGAGGAUGGAUGAAAGACGCAAAGAGAGGAGAGAACUGAGAGAGAAAGAAGAGAUUGAGAAAUACCGUAUGGAGCGACCGAAAAUCCAGCAGCAGUUUUCAGAUUUGAAGAGGAAAUUGGCAGAGGUGUCAGAGGAGGAGUGGUUGAGCAUCCCUGAGGUGGGAGAUGCCAGGAACAAACGCCAGAGGAACCCCCGCUACGAGAAGCUUACCCCAGUCCCAGACAGCUUCUUCUCCAAACACCUGCAGACUGGAGAAAACCACACAACUGUUGACCCUCUGCAGGGGCUGGGGGGUCUGAACACACCUUAUCCAGGAAGCAUGACUCCCGGCCUGAUGACGCCUGGAACAGGAGAGCUGGACAUGAGGAAAAUCGGACAGGCUAGGAACACACUCAUGGACAUGAGGCUCAGCCAGGUGUCUGACUCAGUGAGUGGACAGACAGUGGUGGAUCCCAAGGGUUAUCUGACCGAUCUCAAUUCCAUGAUCCCAACACAUGGAGGAGACAUCAGUGAUAUUAAGAAAGCUCGGCUAUUGCUGAAAUCGGUGAGGGAGACUAAUCCCCAUCACCCACCUGCCUGGAUAGCCUCCGCCAGACUGGAGGAAGUAACGGGGAAACUACAGGUGGCCCGAAACCUAAUCAUGAAAGGCACUGAGAUGUGUCCCAAGAGUGAGGAUGUGUGGCUGGAGGCAGCCAGACUGCAGCCCGGCGACACAGCCAAAGCUGUGGUGGCCCAGGCCGUCCGCCACCUACCGCAGUCUGUCCGAAUCUACAUCAGAGCUGCAGAGCUGGAGACAGACGUCAGAGCCAAGAAACGAGUCCUCAGAAAGGCCCUGGAGAAUGUGUCCAAGUCAGUUCGACUGUGGAAGACAGCUGUGGAGCUGGAGGAGCCAGAGGAUGCCAGAAUCAUGCUUAGCCGAGCUGUAGAGUGUUGCCCUACGAGUGUGGAGCUGUGGCUUGCACUGGCUCGGUUAGAGACUUAUGAGAACGCUCGUCGUGUCCUGAAUAAAGCCCGUGAGAACAUCCCCACUGAUCGCCACAUUUGGAUCACUGCUGCCAAGUUGGAGGAGGCCAAUGGCAACACUCAGAUGGUGGACAAGAUCAUUGACAGAGCCAUCACUUCCCUGAGGGCCAACGGGGUGGAGAUCAACAGGGAGCAGUGGAUACAGGAUGCAGAAGAGUGUGAUAAGGCAGGGAGUGUGGCUACCUGCCAGGCUGUGAUAAGGGCUGUCAUAGGGAUCGGCAUUGAGGAGGAAGACCGCAAACACACCUGGAUGGAAGACGCAGACAGUUGUGUGGCUCAUGGAGCAUUGGAGUGUGCCAGGGCCAUCUAUGCCCAUGCUCUACAGGUGUUCCCCAGUAAAAAAAGUGUUUGGCUCAGAGCUGCCUACUUUGAGAAAAACCACGGCACCAGGGAGUCUCUGGAGGCUCUGCUCCAGAGGGCUGUGGCUCACUGUCCCAAGGCGGAGGUCCUGUGGCUGAUGGGGGCUAAGUCCAAAUGGCUGGCUGAGGAUGUGCCUGCAGCCAGAAGUAUCCUGGCUUUAGCCUUCCAGGCUAACCCUAACAGUGAAGAGAUCUGGCUUGCUGCUGUCAAGUUGGAGUCGGAAAAUAACGAGUAUGAGCGAGCCCGUCGCCUACUGGCCAAAGCCCGCAGCAGUGCCCCCACAGCUAGAGUGUUUAUGAAGUCAGUUAAGUUAGAGUGGGUGCUGGGAAACAUCGAAGCUGCUCAGGAAUUGUGCAGUGAGGCCCUGAAACACUAUGAGGACUUCCCCAAACUUUGGAUGAUGAGAGGCCAGAUAGAGGAGCAAUGUGAAAACAUGGACAAAGCCAGGGAGGCCUACAACCAAGGGCUGAAAAAGUGUCCCCACUCAGUGGCGCUGUGGCUGCUGCUGUCUCGCCUUGAAGAAAGAGUGGGACAGCUGACAAGAGCCAGAGCGAUCCUGGAGAAAGCCCGGCUCAAGAACCCCCAGAGCCCUGAGCUAUGGUUGGAGUCUGUGAGACUAGAGUUCCGAGCUGGAUUGAAAAACAUUGCGAACACCCUGAUGGCCAAAGCCCUGCAGGAGUGUCCCAACUCAGGUAUUCUGUGGGCAGAGGCAGUGUUUUUGGAGGCCAGGCCCCAGAGGAAGACCAAGAGUGUGGAUGCUUUGAAGAAGUGUGAACAUGAUCCCCACGUCUUACUCGCUGUAGCGAAACUUUUCUGGAGUGAGCGCAAGAUCACCAAAGCCAGAGAGUGGUUCCUCAGAACGGUGAAGAUCGAGCCAGACCUGGGAGACGCUUGGGCUCUGUUCUACAAGUUUGAGCUGCAACACGGAACGGAGGAGCAGCAGGAAGAGGUACGAAAGCGCUGUGAAAACGCAGAGCCUCGUCAUGGAGAACUGUGGUGUGCAGAGUCCAAACAUGUCCUGAACUGGCAGAAGAAGACAGGAGAGAUCCUCGCACAAGUAGCCAGCAAGAUCAAGAACACUUUCUGAGGAAAUCUGGACUGACAACACCUGGAGGACUAUGGCAGGCACCAGUGGAACAGAACAGCUAUGGACAUGUGCUCCAGCAAGACUCUGAAACGCAUCUUUUCCAUAUUUCAGUCUUUUUUACGACAUCAAAUCUCAGCGGGUGUUAAAGAGUUUUGUUGAACAUGAAGAGGAAACAAAUCUCUCCAUAUUUUACAUGAAUAAAUGGUAGUUAAUCCAACAUGUUCGGUUUUAUAUUUGCUUAAUUAGUGCUUUCCAUCCAUUGUGACAAUACUCUCAUCAGGCACUGCAAGAUAGAGUCAUAAUGAAAGCACAGUUUUGAUUCUCUGCAAGUAAACAGAUGGAAUUUGGAAGCAAAUAUAUUUGGAGGAAUUUUAUUUAUAUGUGCUGUCUGCUAGGAUAUGUCAAAGGUCCAGAUUGAUCUAUUUCUGUUGUGUUAGAAUGUGACGCUGUAUAUAAACUCUGUCAGGGAGUAUGAUGUGAUUCUCAUAUUUUAGUAAUGUCAUCCUUGUUUUUUCCUACAUAGUUUGAUUGGAAUGUGUUUAAAACUUGCAGGCAUCCAAUAAACAACUAAUGUCUACUCCGCUAUGA